AUGUCAGAACGAAAAUCGAAUGGAUCAUCGACAUCUAUUCGUCGAUCAUCACCAUUAAACGAACAUGAACAAAAUAAUGGUCUAAAACGAGAAGGUGAUGAUGAACAACAUGCAACAACACCAUCAAACUCAGAGAGUCACACGACAGUUAUAUUUCGAUCUGAUCAAACUCCUCAAUCAUCAUCAUCAUCUAUUCGACAAUCAAAUUCUUCCAUGUCCGAAACUAAUCGGCCACGUUCAAAGACUGCUUCAACAGGUAGUGCUGCUACACCAGAACAUGAAAAUGCAACGAUACAAUCAACUGGUUUUAAUAUUCUUCAAUCAAUUAAAGAUUUAACACAUCAAGAAUUAAAUCGUGCUAAUCCAUUAGGUCUUCUUGGUAAAGAAGUUAUAUCGGCAACAGGAACAACUCAUUGUCCCGAACCAAUUCCACCUAAAGAAUCGGAUGAAAAUAAUAUAACAAAUAGUCGAACAUCAUCAUCAACUUCUUCAAUAUCACCUAUCAAUGAUAAUGAACCUCAACAAUUACAUUUUCCUUUAAAUGAAGAAGAAAAAAUGCAUAUGCAACGUCGUCGUUCAACAUUAGCAAAUAUAACUGAUACAACAUUACCACCAUGUCCAGCUGAAUACAUCCCAUCAGAUAAUGAUGAAAAUUUACAAACACAUCUUUUUUCUCAACCAUCAUCAGGUACUAUGGUUGCAGAUUUCAUUCCUGAUACAAUGUCUAUAAAUGUAUUUGAAGUAUUUAUUUAUGCUUGGGGUGUAUUUGCAUUCUUUUUUGAUAUGGUAACCGAUAUUGUUUUAGCACAUGCAUAUUAUCAAGAAGGUGCAUAUUGGUUAUUUAUUUUAACAUUAAUGUGUGUUAUUUUACCCAAUAUAACAUUAUCCGUAUUUUCACUUGUUUGGUAUAUGGAUAGUAAUCAAUUAAAAGCAGCUGCUAAUAAUCAAACAAAUGAUGAAUAUGAAACAACACGUCAAACAACAUCUUGUCAAACAGAUGAUUUAAUUGAAAGAGAGAUGAAUGAAGAUCAAGUUGAUGCUCAUAUGUCACGCAUAAGACAACAACCACAAGUACCCGAAGAAAAAAAUAAAGAGAAACCUUUUCAAUUAUCAUCAGCAACUCUCAAAGGUUUUACAUGGAUUAUUCGAAUAAUUAUACUUGUACUUCAACUUGAUUUAUGUCUUAAAUAUAUUCGUGGUUUAUAUUAUACAUGGAAAGGUUUUCAAAAACGUAAUAAUCCAAAAUGGGCACGAUUUUAUUUGACGAAACAAAUAUUAAUUGAUGCUGAUAUUGCAUUAUUACGUGUAUUUGAUUGUUUUAUGGAUUCUGGUUCUCAAGUUAUAUUACAAUUAUAUAUUAUGUUAAGACUUGGUUCAACAUCAAUGAAAUUUGAUACUUUAUUUGCCAAACAAUGUUUAUCAAUUAUUUCAUCACUUGGUUCAUUAGCAUAUGCAUUAAGUGGUUAUUCAAGAUGUUGGAGACAUAUGCAAUUAACACAUUCACCACAUGGUUGGCCAAAAGGUAAACCACCUCCACGAUUAGUUUCAUGGUGGAGUACAAUUAUUCAAUGGUUUUGGUAUUUAUUUUUAAUAACACCACGAGUAUUGGCACUUGCAAUGUUUGCUGCAACAUUUCGUUCAUGGUUUUGGAUUAUUCUUGUUGGGCAUUGGUUUGGCAUGCUUUUUUGGAUACUCCGCUUUACACUCAAGGAGCUACUCAUCUAUAAGAGUCCAAUCGUAGAUCUUGGAGCGCAAUUUUUGGGUGAUGCAUCACGGCACAACACGUCACUAACUACACUAGAUCUUGAAGAUGAUCAAAUCGGAGAUGUUGCAGCGCAAUUUUUGGCUGAUGCAUUAGAAUAUAACACAGCACUCACUACACUAGAUCUCGAAAGUAAUCAAAUCGGAGUGAUUGGAGCGCAAUCUUUGGGCGAUGGAUUACGACACAACACGACACUCACCGUAUUAAAUCUCGAAGGUUAUGAAAUCAGAGAUGUUGGAGCAUUCUAUUUGGGUGAGGCAUUACGAUAUAACAAGGCACUAACCACACUUUAUCUUGAAUUUGGUCGAAUCGGAGAUCUUGGAGCACACUAUUUGAGUGAUGUAUUACGACACAACACAACAUUAACUACACUAGAUCUCAAAGGUAAUCAAAUUGGAGAUAUUGGAGCGCAAUCUCUGAGCGAUGGAUUACGACACAACACGACACUAACUACACUAAGUCUCACACGUAAUGAAAUUGGAGAUAUUGGAGCUCAAUAUUUGAGUGAUGUAUUACGACACAACAUAACACUCACCACACUAGAUCUCCGUUGGAAUAAAAUAGGAGAUGAUACAUUGUAUUAUAUCAAUAAACUUAUGGAACGUAAAGAAAGAGAAAAAAACCGUAAAUGA